AUGAGGCGCUCCUUUGUGAGUCACACGGGGCUGGUGUCAGUGCGGAAGAGAGGUGCAAGGACUGCGCCUGCGCCGGCCGGGGCUACGGGCUCACCUAUGGGGCUUUCCAAAAGCAAGCACCAACUCGGGAAAGGUGAGGUGCAAAAGAAGGGUUCUGAUUCCAAGUCUAAGGAGAAGGUGCAGGAGAGGUACACCUUGGAGUCCAGGCAAGCAGGUAGGGAGUCAUGUGAUACUCAUGACCCUGGUUACCAAGAGAAACUGGAGUCUGAACAGUUGAGUGAGAAGAAAAUCUCUAUUCCACAAAUUGUCAUCACGCGUGCCUCUAAUGAGAGUCUCCUCAGUUACGGUGCUGCAGAAAUUGAGGAGCAGAAAACCAUCAAGGAGCAUGCCAGUUGGGGUAUCUUUGCUUGCCACAGGAACCCCAGCACAGUGGAUGCAUACAAGUUACAGGACAUGGAACAAAUGGACCCUGAAGUGUCCUGUCAUAGCUCACGAAGCAGUGCAGGAGGGCUGGCCACCUUGCAGAUUGCUGAAGGUGCCCCAAAGUGA